UAAAAGACCAUUAUUUUGCAACGAUGCCAAUGACACAGAAAGCAGGAACUGUGAAAUCCAAACAGGGGUCAAAUGUGCAGUCUCAACCUGCCAAGAUGACUGCCACAAAGCUCACCAAAGCCACCAGUAAGAAAAAGGAUGAAGAUGAUGGGACAGAAAUGGGUGACGGGACAGAGGAGUGGAUGCAAGGAAAGACACUGAUCAAGCCACCUGACCAACUGGAUCUCACUGAAGCUGAGCUGAAAGAGGAGUUUACGAGGAUCCUGACCGCCAACAAUCCACACGCCCCUCAGAAUAUUGUCCGCUACAGCUUCAAGGAGCGUGCAUACAAACCCAUCAGCAGUGUGGACCAGCUGGCUGUGCACUUUGUGCUGGAGGGGAAUCUGCUGCACCAGGACUCCGACGAGGCACGCAGACAGAGGGCCAGGCAGGGAUUCGCUGAAGGAUCAGUUCCUAAGGCCAGAAAGUAUAAGAUUAUCUCUUCACAGGCUGGAGUUGAGGAGCUAGUAGAGGGAGAGGCAGAGACGGAAGAAGGUGGACCAGAGGAGAGGGCGGAGAGCGCGGAAAUCAAGGGCGGCAAACGCGAACAGAAGCUCACCAACCAAUUCAAUUUCAGCGAGAGGGCGUCCCAGACUCUGAACAACCCCCUGAGGCAAAGAGAAUGCCAAACAGAACCCCCACCUCGUGCAAACUUCUCAGCCACAGCCAAUCAAUGGGAGAUCUACGACGCCUACGUGGAGGAGCUGCAGAAGCAGGAGAAGAACAAGGAGAAGCAGAGAACGCUCCCCACCAGGAAGGAGGAAGACAAGGGCAAGAAAAAGACUGCGGUGGCUGAGACACAGAGUGAUGACAUCACCAAGGUGGCAAAGGUGGCCAAAAUCAUCGAGCGAAUGGUCAACCAGAAUACCUUUGAUGACAUUGCACAGGACUUCAAAUACUUUGAGGACGCUUCUGAUGAGUUCAGGGAACAGGAGGGCACACUGCUUCCCCUGUGGAAGUUCCAGUAUGAUAAGGCCAAAAGGCUGGCCGUGACUGCCCUCUGCUGGAAUCAAGUAUACCAAGACUUGUUCGCUGUGGGCCUUGGAUCUUAUGACUUCACCAAACAAGGCCGUGGUAUGCUCCUCUUCUACUCCCUGAAAAACUCCACCUUCCCAGAGUUCGUCUUCCCUACACUCUCGGGCGUCAUGUGUCUGGACAUCCACGAGAAGCUUUCCCACCUGGUGGCUGUUGGCUUCUACGACGGCUGUGUGGCGGUCUACAACCUGAAGGAGGAGAGCCCGCAGCCUAGCUACAGAAGCACCGCCAAGUCCGGGAAGCACACUGACCCAGUGUGGCAGGUGAAAUGGCAAAAAGAUGACAUGGACAACAAUCACAAUUUCUUCUCUGUGUCCUCUGAUGGCCGUGUUGUGUCUUGGACUCUUGUCAAGAACGAGCUGGUCUUCACAGAUGUCAUCAAGCUGUCGAUGGAGGGCGCAGUGUCAGAGGGGCCGGAGGGGCCACAGCUGUCCACCAUGGCGUGCGGAACUUCCUUUGACUUCCACAAACAAAUCGACUUCCUGUUUUUGGUGGGCACCGAGGAGGGGAAAAUUCACAAGUGCUCCAAGGCCUACUCCAGCCAGUUCCUGGAGACCUACGACGCUCACAACAUGGCCGUGGACGCCGUGCGCUGGAACCACUUCCACCCCAAAGUCUUCAUCUCAUGUAGCUCCGACUGGACCAUCAAGAUCUGGGACCACACCAUCAAAACUCCCAUGUUCACCUUUGACCUGAACUCUGCGGUGGGGGACGUGGCGUGGUCACCAUACUCCUCCACUGUAUUUGCAGCCGUCACCGCGGAUGGCAAGGUGCACGUAUUUGACCUGAGCAUCAACAAGUACGAGGCCAUCUGCCAGCAGCCUGUGGUGGCGAAGAAGAAAACCAAGCUCACCCACAUUGAGUUCAACCCUGUUCACCCCAUCAUCAUUGUGGGAGAUGACCGCGGCUACGUCACCAGCCUGAAACUGUCCCCUAACCUGCGGAAGAAGCCCAAGGAGAAGAAGGGCCAGGAAGUGCCCAAGGGCCCCGAGGUGGAGAUCGCUAAGAUGGAGAAGCUGCUGAGUUUACUGAGAGAGCCCAGCGGCAAUACCCACAUCUGAGCGAGACAGCGCAGACAAAGAGGUGUCCCUCGCUCUCUC